CUGGAGCUAAAACUUUCACCAUGAACGUCGUGCCCUGUGCCCGCUGCGGCUAUGAGGUCUACCCGGCAGAGAAGAUUAACUGCAUCAACCAGACCUGGCACAAGGCGUGCUUCCAUUGUGAAGUCUGCAAAAUGAUCCUCACCGUCAACAACUUCGUCAGCCACCAGAAGAAGCCGUAUUGCCAGACCCACAACCCCAAAAAUAACACAUUCACCAGCGUGUAUGAAACCCCCGUCAACAUACGUGUGAAGAAACAGUCGGAGGCCGUCAGUGAGAUCAAGUAUCGGGAGGACGGGGAGCGUCAUAAGUCCGUCUUCCUCUGGGAUGCAAAGUCCAGUGUACAACAUGAGCAGAAGACAGAGAAGGUGCUCAGACAGAAGGCCUAUGAAGAAGGAAAGUCCUGGUUCUCGGAUAUUAGCCCAGACAUGGUUCACAUUGAGCAGGCUCAGAAGACGCUGAACAAUGUUCAAUACACAGAUGAGUUCGAACAACAGACAAGAAAAGGAAGCUUCCCGGCCAUGAUCACUCCGGCUUACCAGACAGCCAGAAAGGCUGCUCACCUGGCCAGCAAUGUGGAGUACAAGCGCGGACACGAGGAACGCAUCUCCCAGUACAGCAGCGUCGUGGACACCAAAGAUAUUUUGCAUGCCAAAGCAAGCGGACAGAACCUGAGCGAUGUGAAAUACACAGAAGAUUACGAGGAGCAGCGCGGGAAAGGCAGCUUCCCGGCAUUGAUUACACCCGGCUACCAGAUCGCCAAGAAAGCCGCGGAGCUAGCCAGUGACGUGAAGUAUCACCAGCGAUAUCACAGGGAGAUGAAGGGAAAAGCGAGCGCGACAGAUGUGGCGUUUACUAAACAAACUGCAGAUGAGCUGAGCCAGGAAUAUGACGAGGAGGAGGAGUACAGGGGGAAGGGCAGUUUCCCGGCGAUGAUCACCCCCGCCUACCUCAAUGCCAAAAAGGCCAACGAGAUGAUCAGUGAUAUCAAAUAUAAGAAGGAUCUCUCCAAGAUGCGCGGGGCGGCCCACUACCACUCUCUGGCCACCGAGGACAACCUGACCAUGAAGCAAGCUCAGAGCGUGAACAAACUUGUCAGCGAGCUGAAGUAUAAGGAAAAGUACCAGACACAGAUGAAGGGUCACUAUGAGGGCACGGGGAUGGACCGGCGGAUGCUGCACGCCAUGAAGGCCGGAAGUCUUGCCAGCAAUCUCGCCUACAAGUCGGACAAGAAUGACACCGCUGACGGCGAGUAUUAUUACCCGGCUACCCUCGCCCCGUCUUAUCAGACCACCAAGAGGCUGGAGCCAUUGAAGGAUCAAAAAUAUAAACACAUCGAUUCAAUUUUCUUUACAGGGCCAAUGAAUGAAUCAUCAUUUUGUCUCUUUAUUGACUUCUGUUUAUCUUUUUAGUUGAAUUACAGAGCAGAGUAUGAAAAAUCCAAAACGCAUUAUACAAUUUCUCAGGAUGGCCCAGAAUUAAAGAAAGCAAAAGCCAACGCGGAACUCUACAGUGAGAACAAGUAUAAGGAAGAAUGGCAGAAGACAAAGGGUCAGAACUUUGAGAUGAAAAUGGAUUCUCUGUCCUUCACCUCGGCCAAAGCAUCAGGAGACCUCGCAAGUGAUAUCAAAUACAAAGAGAAAUAUGAAAAGAAUAAGGGCAAAGCAGCGGCAAACAGUGACUCCAGGCUCCUCCACUCCCUACAAGUCGGGAAACUGAGCAGCGAGGUAUCUUACAAGAAAGGCCUUGAGGAGAGCAUGACUAAGUUCCACCUACCGAUGGACAUGGUCAACAUCACUCACGCCAAGAAGGCCCAAUCGUUGGCCAGCGACCUGGAUUAUCGCACUAAGUUCCACGAGUACACCAUGCUGCCCGAGGACAUGAAGGUUUCAUGGGCCAAGAAGGCUUACGGCCUGCAGAGCGAGCGUCAGUACAGGUCCGAUCUGUCGUGGAUGAAGGGCGUCGGAUGGGUCACAGAGGGAAGUGUGAACGUGGAACAGGCUAAGAAGGCCGGCGACCUGAUUAGUGAGAAAAAGUAUCGCCAGAAAGCAGACACCUGGAAAUUUACCAGCGUGGCGGACAGCCCGGACAUCAGGCAUGCCAAGAAGAGCCAGGAACUGCAAAGUGGUAUUGCCUACAAAUCAAGUACGGAGGACCUCCUGCACCACUACACCAUGCACAAGGACGAACCUGUCUUCCUGCAGGCCAGAAUCAAUGCCGCCAAUCUCAGCGAGAAGCUGUAUAAGAGCAGUUGGGAGAAACAGAAGGAAAGGGGAUUUGAUUUACGUUUGGAUUCACUGUCCAUCAUCACGGCCAAAGCCAAGCAAAAUCUGGCCAGUGACAUAAAGUACAAGGAAGGAUAUGAGAAGACUAAGGGUAAGCUGAUCGGGGUUCAGGCCGCAGACGGAGACUCUAAAAUGUCACACUCGCUCCAGAUGACAAAAAUGCAGAGUGACCUGGAAUACAAGCGCGCCUUCGAGGACAUGAAUAAACGGUGCAAUAUGUCCAUGGACAUGCUAGACAUGGCGCACGCCACUAUGGCGCAGGCCCUGGCAACUGAUCGCGGUUACAGGACAUUCCUCCAUUGCUACAGUUCCCUCCCCACCGACAUGAAGGUGCAGUGGGCAAAGAAGGCGUAUGAUCUGCAGAGCGACAACCAGUAUAAAUCGGACCUGAGGUGGAUGAGAGGGGCCGGCUGGAUCACUGAGGGGUCGCUUGAUGUAUUACAGGCGAAGAGAGCCGGCGAGCUCAUCAGUGAGAAGUCCUACAGGCAGCUGCCAUCGACACUGAAGUUCACCAGCAUCCAGGACACCCCGGAGAUGAUUCAGGCCCGGGUCAGCUACAACCAGGCGGUGGAUAGCAAAUACAAAGAGCAGGGGGAGAACAUCAAGCACAGAUACACCUCCACCGCCGAGCUGCCUGAACUCCUGCAAGCAAAACUCAAUGCUCUGAACAUAAGUGAGACGCGUUACAAGGAGUCGUGGGGCCAUCUGAAGGAUGGAGGAUACAAGCUCAAGCUGGACGCCAUCCCCUUCCAGGCUGCAAAGGCAUCUGGGGAAAUAAUUAGCGAAUAUAAAUAUAAAGCGGACUUCGAAAAGUCUAAAGGAAAGAUGAUCGGCCUGAAGAGGCUGGAGGACGACCUGAACCUCUCACACUCAGUCCAAGCCUCUUCUCUGCUCAGUGAUGUUCAGUACAAGAAAGGCUUUGAGAAGAGCUGCUCUCAGUUCCACCUGCCGAUGGACAUGGUGAAUCUGGUACACGCCAGGAAGGCCCAAGCUUUGGUCAGCGAUCAGGAUUACAGGCACCUGCUCCACGAUUACACCACGCUGUCCGACGACCUGCGACUGCUGAGCGCUAAGAGAGCCUAUGAGCUGCAGAGUGAGAACCGCUACAGGUCCGAUCUGAGCUUCAUGAGAGGUGUGGGCUGCAUUGUCCCAGGAGCUCUGGACAUCGAGGAGAAGAAGAGAGCAUCCAGCCUGAUCAGCGAGACCAAAUACAGACAGCAGCCAUAUCAGCUGAAACACACGGCGAUCACAGACUCUGUGGACCUUCUACAUGCCAAGUUCAGCAACAAGAUAACCAAUGAGCGACUCUACAAAGCGGCUGGCGAGGACCUACUGCAUCAUUACACCGCUAUUUUGGAAUUACCAGAGCACGUCCGCGCCAAGCUUAAUGCCGCCAACCUCAGCGAUAUCAAAUAUCGGGAAUCCUGGCUCAAUGCAAGGGCCCAGGGCCACAAGCUGACCAUGGACGCACUCCAGUUCCAGGCCGCCAAGUCCUCGGGAAAGAUUGCUAGUGACUACAAGUACAAACAUGAAUACAUCUGUGAGAAGGGCAAGCUGAUCGGCUCGCGGAGCAUUCUGGAUGACCCCAACAUGCUGCACUGCCGCCGCGUCGCCAAGCUGCAGAGCGAGCGCCAGUACAAGCUGGGCUCCCAGCGGAUCCACUCCCAGUACCACCUCCCCGCCGACAUGUUGGACCUGGUCCACGCGAAGAGAGCCCAGGCGCUGGCCAGUGACCAGGAUUACAAGGUGAUGCUCCACCAUUACACUGCCGGACCCGAGGACAUGAAGCUCCAGUGGGCCAAGAAGGCUCACCAGCUGCAGAGCGAGACUCGCUACAAAUCGGACUUAAACUUUAUGAGGGGAGUCGGCUGGGAGGCGGCGGGGUCUCCGCACAUGGAGGGCGCCAAGAAGGCCGGAGAGCUGAUCAGUGAGACCAAAUACCGUCAGAAUCCAGACUCCAUUGGGUUCACCGCAGUAACCGACUCUCCUGGACUGCUUCAUGCAAAAAACAGCUACCUCCAGUGCAGCGAGAGAUUGUAUAAAUCCGGAGAUCAGGAAUCUCGGCACCGGUGCACAUUACCUCCAGACCACCCUGACUUCAUACGGGCUCGAAUCAACGCAUCGCAGAUAAGUGACAAAGCCUACAAGACCCUGUCUGAGCAGUCCCGGGCAGCUGGUUACGACCUGAGACUGGACGCCAUUCCCUUCCAAACCGCCAAAGCCUCCAGAGAGAUCGCCAGCGAUUUCCGUUACAAAGAAGCUUUCGUCAAGGAUAGAGGACAUCAAAUCGGUUACCGCAGCAUCAGCGACGACCCCAAGACGCAGCACGUGAUGAAGGUCAGCAAACUUCAGAGCGACCGCGUGUACAAGAAGGACUCAGAGGAGACCAGGUCACAGGUCCACACACACCUGGACCAACCGGGAUUCAUCCAGGCCAAAAAGAGCCAGCAGCAAGCCAGCGAGGUCAACUACCGCCAGCACCUCCACCAGUACACGUGCGACCCGCAGCAGCUCACGCUGAAACACGCCAAGCAAGCGCACAGUCUGCAGAGUGACGUAAAAUACAAGUCUGACCUGAACUGGAUGAAGGGUGUGGGCUGGACCCCUCCCGGGUAUUACAAGGUGGAACUUGCCCGCCGUGCGGCAGAAGUAGCACAUGCUCAAGAAGAAGAUGCUCAUUUCCCUUCAGAGGAUGAACGGGACUUGCAGUCUCCGCAGCAGAGUGGCGUAAACCCCGACGCAUCGGAAAUCUUGCACGUGAAGCGGCGGAAAGCUGCGCCGAUGAGGAAAUAA